AGGUUACUACUCACCUUAAGGAACUGUUUGAAUCUUUUAAGGCUUACUUAACCACUGCCGCGUCAUUUUGUCGUAUUUUUGGAUACCGUCGCGCACUUCUACUGGAGAGAUUCUACCUGUGUCAUUACCUGAGCUACAGCCAUUGGGAUUUUUGCGGCAAGAUUGUCCUUUGUCGACGAAACAUGACACGUGCGUUGGUGUACAUUGGUGUGCUAAUAGCCAUAAUGGCUGCGACGGAAGCAAGGCCUAAAUCAGCUGAACCGAAGUGUAAAUCUGGCCCAGUCGACCUUGUGUUCAUCAUUGAUGGCUCCCGCAGCGUUCGUCCCCAUGAGUUUGAGACAAUGCGCAAGUUCAUGAUAGACAUCAUCCAUGAGCUGGACAUUGGUCUGGAAGCUACAAGAGUUGGAGUGGUCCAAUACUCCAGUCAAGUCCAGAAUGUGUUCUCUCUCAAAGCCUUCAGUAAGACUACGCAGAUGGUCAAAGCCAUCAACGAGAUCAUUCCAUUGGCACAGGGCACUAUGACCGGCCUGGCCAUCCGCUAUGCUAUGAAUGUAGCCUUCUCUGCAGAAGAAGGCGCCCGUCCCAACGUUCCCCACGUAGCUGUUAUCGUGACAGACGGUCGCCCUCAGGACCGCGUGGCUGAAGUGGCGGCAGCUGCAAGGGAGUCUGGGAUUGAGAUCUAUGCCAUUGGUGUCGCCAGGGCUGAUAUGACCUCACUGCGAGCUAUGGCGUCUCCACCAUUUGAGGAUCACGUGUUCCUGGUGGAGAGUUUUGACCUCAUUCACCAGUUUGGGCUUCAGUUUCAAGACAAGCUUUGUGGGAUGGACUUGUGUCUGGAAUCAGAUCACGGCUGUGAGCACAUCUGUGAGAGCUCACCUGGCUCCUACCACUGUCUCUGUCUGCCUGGAUACACGCUCAACGAGGACGGCAAGACCUGCACACCCAUUGAUCUUUGUGCUGAAGGGAAGCAUGAUUGUGAGCAGAUCUGUAUCGCUUCACCCGGGUCGUUCACGUGCGACUGUAACACAGGAUACAAACUCAACGAUGACAAGAGAACCUGCAAAAUGAUUGACUACUGCUCAUUUGGGAAUGAUAGCUGCGAGCAUCAGUGUGUGAGUGUGCUCAAUGGCUUUAAUUGUCGCUGUAACGAAGGAUACUCACUCAACGAUGACCUGAAAACCUGCACAAUGAUCGACUACUGUUCAUUUGGAAAUGAUAGCUGUGAGCACGAGUGUGUGAGCGUGCUUCAGAGCUUUUAUUGCCACUGCCGUGAAGGAUACACACUCAAUGAGGAUGAAACAACAUGCACAAUGAUCGACUACUGCUCAUUUGGGAAUGAUAGCUGCGAGCACGAGUGUGUGAGUGUCCUCAAUGGCUUUAACUGCCGCUGUACUAAUGGAUACUCACUCAACGAUGACAAGAAGACCUGUACAAUGAUCGACUACUGCUCAUUUGGGAAUGAUAGCUGCGAGCACGAGUGUGUGAGUGUGCUCAAAGGCUUUAACUGCCGCUGUAAUGAAGGAUACUCACUCAAUGAUGACCUGAAGACCUGCACAAUGAUUGAUUACUGCUCAUUUGGGAAUGAUAGCUGUGAGCAUGAGUGUGUGAGUGUCCUGAAAGGCUUUUACUGCCGUUGUAAGGACGGAUACACUCUCAAUGACAACAAGAAGACCUGCACAAUGAUUGAUUACUGUUCAUUUGGGAAUCACAGUUGUGAUCAUCACUGCGUUAGUGUGCUCAAUGGCUUCUACUGUCGCUGCAAUGAGGGAUACACUCUUCAGGAGGAUGGAAAAACCUGCCAGUCGGAUAACUUGUGUAACACAGUCGAACAUGGUUGUGAAUACCAGUGUGUGAGCACUCCGGGAUCAUACCACUGUAUAUGUCCUGAGGGCCAUGUGCUACAGGACGACGGCAAGACCUGCGGAACCUGUCGAUCCUCCAACAUCGACUUGGUCCUCCUCAUCGAUGGUUCCAAGAGUGUGCGGCCGCAGAAUUUCGAGCUUGUCAAGCAGUUUGUUAACCAGGUGGUGGAUCAGCUGGAUGUCUCCCCUAAAGGAACACGCGUGGGUCUCGUCCAGUACUCAAGCCGAGUGCGGACAGAGUUUCCACUCAGCAUGUAUCAGACAAAAGAAGAGAUCAAAAAGGCUGUGAUGAAUGUGGAGUACAUGGAGAAGGGGACCAUGACAGGCUUGGCUCUCAAACACAUGGUGGAGAACAGCUUCUCUGAGGCUGAUGGAGCCCGUCCUGCUGAGAAGAACAUCCCACGGGUCGGCCUUGUCUUUACUGAUGGACGAUCACAGGAUGAUAUUCAAGAGUGGGCCAAGAAGGCCAAGGAAGCAGGUAUCACCAUGUACGCUGUUGGUGUGGGUAAAGCCGUGGAGGAUGAGCUGAGAGAGAUUGCCUCUGAGCCCAUGGAAAAACACUUCUUCUACACCGCCGACUUCACUGCCAUCAGCCAGAUCGCCGAGAACCUCAAACUCAAUGUCUGUGCAGCUGAGAGUCAAGGAGAGAUCGAGGUCAAGGACCCCUGCGCUUGUGAAAGUCUAGUGGAGUUCCAGCAGGUUACGAUAUCCACCCUAGACCAGCUGAACCAGAAGCAUAUCCUUUAUAUAUUCAGUACAGAUCCUUUAGAAACAAUAUGCUUUCUUUUCAGCACAUGCAACUUACUACACCAUGCAACAUUGCAGUGUAGCUCAUCCAACUCCAAACUUUCUCCGACUGGCCCCUCUGGUUUGGCUUCUCACAUAAACCUCUGUGACCACACGCUUCAAUGGCUCUUUGUUUCAGAUCUCUCACUCAGCAUCAUUCAUCAAAGCUCAAAAGAGCCCUUGUCCCACGUCUGA